GUAUACGAUACAAAUACAUCUAUUUUAUUUUAGUUUUUCUUCUAGUAUUCCAAACUAUCAAUCUCCAUGCUGUUUCUUAUCUAACACUUCUUCAUAAUUAUCAUCAUCAUUAUCAUAUUGUGGAACAGUAUCAAAGGCCUUCGAAUCGAUUUUUCUUUUAUACACUUUUGCAGCAAUUCAACCGACUCUUCUGGAAGAAAGAAUGGAUAAGAAUGAGAAUGAUUUGAUCGUGGUGAAGAAAGAUGGUGCAGAGGGAAUAGCAUACGUGAGAAUCAACAGACCAAAAUCAUUGAACUCCUUGACAAAGCCUAUGAUGACGGAUUUGGCAAACGCAUUCAAAGCCCUUGACGCCGAUGAAUCCGUGGGCGUUAUCAUACUGAGCGGGUCGGGUCGGUCUUUUUGUUCAGGGGUGGACCUUACAGCUGCCGAAGAUGUGUUCAAAGGAGACGUCAAGGAUAUUAACAAGGACCCUGUUGCUCAGAUGGAGCGUUGUCGGAAACCCAUCAUCGGGGCGAUAUCAGGAUUUGCAAUAACGGCUGGAUUUGAGAUAGCGCUUGCUUGUGAUAUUUUAAUCGCUUCUACCGAUGCUAAGUUCAUUGAUACCCAUGUCAGGUUUGGGAUAUUUCCUUCAUGGGGUCUCUCUCAAAAGCUUUCGCGCAUAAUAGGAACCAACAAAGCUCGAGAAGUUUCCCUAACAGCUGGCCCAUUAACAGCAGCGACCGCAGAGAAGUUGGGAUUUGUUAACCAUGUAGUUGAAAGUAGUAAAUUGUUAGAGAAAGCCCGUGAAGUUGCAGUGGCCAUUAACAAAAAUAACCGCGAUUUGGUGUUAAGAUACAAAGCAGUGAUAAACGACGGUAUCAAGCUAGACCUUCAUCAUGCUCUUUUGCUAGAAAAGGAGAGAGCUCAUGAAUAUUACAAUGGAAUGACAAAGGAGCAGUUCAAGAAAAUGCAAGAGUUCAUAGCAGGUAGAAGUUCUAAAAAACCUGCUGCCAAGCUAUAAUUUAUAUGUUUAUUCGUGUUGUGUUAUGUGAAAGUUGUACCAUGUUCUGAAUUUCUAUCUAAAUGUGGGUAAGCUAAAGCCUAAAAUAACAUUCACUUUCUUAUAUCUAAUGUACCAUCUUCAUGUA